UGACUCUUGAACUCACCGUCGACGCCGUUUCCGACGUUGAAGCCUCUGGCCAGCCAGUUUGUUUUUUCUGGAUCCUCAGCCAGCUUCCAGACAGGCAAAUAUUUUCUUCUUUCUCUUUUCUUUUCUAAACAAAACAGCAGAGCUUAAGCUUUAGGUUCAAACACUCACAGGUUGCUUCUGGCAGCGGCUUUUAGUCGCGUCCUCCUCGUAGCCUAUCUGUCUGUUGCAUUUCAUUACUCUUCUCACUUUAUUUCAUUGCUUUUUCGUCGGAUUCACAAAUGGCAACCACCGCUCGCCAGCCUAAACCGAGAGGGAAGGGAAUGGCAGAUCCUCCUCGCCGUCCUGGUCCUGCUUGGCAGACGAAUCCAAGGUCUUCACCUACCCCUGCCAACAAUACUGCUCGUCUCCCUCCUUCAGCUAAUCAGGGGGGGUUCCCCCCACUAGGUCCUCAGACUAAUGGCUCUCGCAUUCACGACCCCGUUCAGGACCGUCCUCUUCAUAUUCUUUCUGGUCUUACCGGCACAACUAUCACCCUGACCACCAAAACUGCUCAGCGGUAUGAGGGUGUCAUUUUAUCUACUGCUAGUGAGGGUGAUACCGCCGGUAUCACUCUCAAGGACGUCAAGGAGAUAUCCAAGCCCGGCGCACCACUCAAGGAGUCUUUAUUCAUUGCUUCCACUAACAUCGACGCUUGGCAGUCGGGUCCCGCUGACGCUAAGAUUCCGGUGCCAAAUGGCGACUCUUUUCGGACUGAUACCGAUAUCAGCAAGAACAAGUCAUCUCGUGAACGGGAACUCCAAGCAUGGCUGCCGACUGCUGCCGCGAGCUCUCCGCCUCCAGCGGGGACGCAUCAUGAAGGCCUCGGCGACGAACUUACAUUUGGCCCGGGCUCUGGCGCCAACAUGUCUUGGGAUCAAUUCGCGGCUAAUGAACAAAUGUUCGGCGUUACGACUUCUUAUGACGAGGAGGUUUACACCACUAAGUUGGAUCGGACGGCUGCUGACUAUAAAGAGAGGGAGCGCAAGGCUCAGCGCAUUGCUAGCGAAAUAUUGAACGGUGCUAUAAACAAUCCACAUGUAGCAGAGGAAAGGAACUUGAAUGUUGACGAUAGCGGUGUGAACGAGGAAGACAAAUAUGGUGCUGUUGUCCGAGGGCAGAAUGCUUACAUUCCGCCGGGCGCUCGCAGAGUGCAGACCACUGCACCAGCCUCGGGAACAAGCCCUCCUCCAAAAGAUGUUCCUAAAGUAUCUGUCAAUGGCCCUGACGGUGCCCCUGUUGCUGCAAAGGACGUGGCGCCUCCUGCUGUCAAGUCGCCUUCUCCUACGCCAUCAACAUCAUCGGCUUCUAAUAAGCCCCCGGCGGAUCCAUUGCCGGCGUUCCGUGACUUUGUGACGAAUGAGAGACAGCGCUUGACACAAAAGAAGCAGGCGCUCGUCAAGAGCGAGAUGGACAAACGGAAGGCUGAGUUGCUGAAGUUCAGCCAGACGUUCAAGUUGAACAAGCCCAUCCCGGAUGAUUUGGUUCCUAUUCUUGCCAAGGAUGAAGAGAAACAGCGACAGAUUCGGGAGAAGGCCUCGCAGGAUGCUGCCUCAACCACUGCUCGUGCCAUCGGCGUCACCGCUACUCUCAAUCCCUCCCCCAGCGCCUCUCGCAUGCCGAUCUCUACCGCUAACAAGAUCGCUCCCGCUACCGCUAAGCCUACUCCAGCUCCGCCCGCCAUCCCAAAGGCACCCAUCGCUGGUACCUCGGCCUCUGUCGCCAAACCCGUUGCAACGAAGCCCAGUGAGCUCGCCAAGAAGAACUCGGUCAACAUGUAUAUACAGCCCAUCCCCCCGUUCAAAGGAGCGAAGCGCUCAACCACGCCAUUGCCUGGCCCGGCGACCCACACGAACGGCGCUGCCGUGCCCAUGUCGCCCACCAGUACCGCAAACCGGCUCAAUGCGAAUGCCUCGUCGUUCAGGCCCAAUCCAAAGGGUCCUACGUCUCCGAUUCCGAGUUCUACGUCAGCCUCCGCGUCACCGAAGGCCAAGCCUGCUGAAUCGUCACCUCCCACUCCCAAUCCAUUCUUUGGCACCAAGGUCAUGAAGAAGGGAGCGAUUCAUAUCAAGGAUGACUUCAACCCAUUCAAGCAUAACAAAGUUGUGGAGGCGAACCAAAUCACUGCUAUCUGGCCAUACAGCGGCAAGCGCUACAUGCAUAUGUUCCCUCCCCUGCAACACCAAUCGCCUCAGCAACCCGUCCACAUUGCGCCACCCGGUCCACCACCCGUCUCACACCCUGUAUACGAAGACAGCGGGGAACAGCGUGUUUACUACUACCCCUAUUACCCAGGACAGCCCAUGAUGCCUGGUAUGGCCCCUCCACCACCUGGUGCAUAUGUAUCAACACCUUUCAUGCAACCAAUGGCGUACCCACCAGGAAUGCCACCGAAUGGCCAACCCAUGUAUGCUGCAUCACCUAUGCCUCAGAUGCCUCCGCCACAAUACAUGCAACCACCACCUGGCACGUACCCUCCCCCACCCAACGGUGCCGGCCCACGCCCAUCAAUGCCACCUACUCCGAUCCCCUCUCACGCGCACGCAUACUACCACCAAAGCCCACAAUUACAACACGCCGUCCCUUACCCUAUGAUGAUGCCACCUGCAGGACCGAAUGGUCCUCCCCACCCAUACGAAGCUGGCCCGGCUCCUCCGCAGAUGGGCGGCGUGGGCCACGCAUGAUUGAGUGACAGGUGGCAUGGUGUCCACGUCUUUUCUUCCCGUUAUCUGUUGUCCGCUGUCUCCAUGCAGUUGUGCCAUGGUUGUUGUGUUUCAUAGCCCAGAUCUCCUCUGGGUCCAUGUUGUAGCUAUCAAUCUCUGGUAUUAAUUGAUGAUGUGGACCGAGAAC